AUGAUGAAGAAGAACUUCACUCGUCUCGUUGCCGGCGCGGUGUUGCUGGCGAGCGGUGUGGUGGCGGCGGAAAACUGCGCGAGCGUCGCCGUCACAGCUAUUCCUUCCUGCGCGCAAAGCUGUUUCCUCGACGGUGCGUCUUUUGUAGGCUGCGAUAGCCUCGACUUCUCAUGUCAGUGUGGACAAGAAGCGGCUCUCUACGCCGCCAUUGAACCCUGUGUUGCGACGGGCUGCCCUGCCGCAUCGUUCCAGGCCGUCAUCAACGGAGCUUCGUCUGGGGCUGUUGGUGGCUCAACGGUAUCCGGGUCAUUCGUCUCAGCCAUCUCGGGAUCUUCGUUCGCUUCAUCGCCUGCGACCGCAACAGCUACGGCGUCUGGAGGUGCCGGCGGUGGAGGUUCUGCGUCCGCUUCGGCAACGCAAGGCGGUGGCGGCGGAGACACAUGGAAUCCCCUCCCUACCAGUCCCCCGUUCUCGACGUCGUCGCCCGUCAAUGCUGCAGGUCGCCAAUCUGACUCAAGUCUCGCUAUGCUCAUCGCCUUUGUCGGAGUAGCAGUAGCCGCUGCGGUCGCGCAAUGAAUUGAUCUCAGCUAGGAUGAAAGGUCAAUCUGGAAAGAAUUGAUUACUUCACCGAGAAUGUUUUGGCCUGGCGGAGGAAACCAGGGCAGGCGGCUGUUUGCAUCAUUAUUUCUUCUUCACAACACCACUUUUACAUCAUGACUUAUGGACGGAUA